AUGGCGUUGGGGCUCUCUUGGCACAAGCAGGACACGCGCAGUGAGUCGCCCUCGAGGCCACAGACAUCUUCGCCCGACCUGGCAUGUGCGCAAGAUGCCAAUGAUGCUGAUACCCUUGAGAAGUUGCCCGAAGAUCCCUUAACACCCUCGUGCCCUGAUUAUGCGGAUGCUUACGAAGACUUGGUUGGCAUCAGGGUCGUGGCAGUGGUCUUCACAGGACGCGGCUCCCGUAUGCGCGCUUUGCUGCCGUAUCUACGCCGCGACAUGAGAGCCCACGGCGGAAUUCUUGACCGCAUCAUCUUUGCGCUCAUCCGACCCGAUUCUCUGGCAUUGACGUUGGUUGGAGAAAUGCAAGGCAUCUACGGCAUCUACAAUCGCGACGCUCAGAGUUCAGGUCGCGACGGUCUCAUUGAGAUUCGUGACUACACAGAAGCUACUUGGGCAGAGGGGCGCCGAGAUUCUCGAGAUUCUCGAGAUUCCCUGUCCCGGCGCAUCCCUGCACUGUAUAGAUCCUUGAACGAGACAAACACAGUGUACCUGAAGGUUGAUGAUGAUAUUGUGUUUCUGGCAAGGCAUGCUCUGGCUGAGAUGGUGCGCGAGAAGCUGCGGCGCCGCUGCAUGUUUGUGUCCGCCAAUGUGGUGAACCAUGCCAUCCUGUCUGCCGUUCACCAGGAGCACGGGGCACACCGUGGUUUUGAGCCGGAGCACGCCGGGACGGAACUCAUGCAAGAUUCCCGAAGCGCUUGGGUACGCGUGGCAGAUGUCAACCUGGACCCCUCGUAUGUCUUUGAGCGACAUCCAAUGGGCUCUUGCGUCUUCAAGCGCUGGGACUGCGCGGCCUUGGUGCAUGAGAGUUUCCUGGACAGAGAGCGCGAUGGGACCCUCUGCGCCUUCGAUUUUGGCUGGCUUGAUUUCCACAGGGCCGGCUUCCGGGAGCACCAGUAUGUCCAUGCGUCGCCCUGGUUGGGCCAGACCUGGCAGGCUUCAGGGGCCCGAUGGAGCAUCAACCUGUUUGCACUGGAAGCUUCAGAUUUGACUGGAGUGGAUUGGUCUCGUGUGCACGGGCCUGGUGAUGAUGAGGAGGAGUUUGGUGGAAAUCACGCGGAACGCACAGGUGGCCAUGCCUGUGCACUGGGACGAAGUCUGGCAGUACAUUUUUCUUACACGACGCAAGAGGAGCGGCUGAUGCGGCAUACGGACCUGCUGUAUCGGUAUGUGGAGCUGGCGAGAACAGGGUCAGUUGGCCAUUUCUUUUUGAGUUAA